AUGUCUAAGAAUUUUUUGAUUGGAGCCGCCGUUUUGGGCGCUGGUGUUUACUACUACGACCAGCAAGUGCAACCCAUCUUUCCUAGAAAUGCAAAGAACCAAGUGACUUUGCCCCACCCACUGGAGAAUGUUAGAAAGUCUGCUCAAGAUGUCGAGGUGAAAGCGAAAGAACUUGGGUCUCAGGCUCGCGACUUUGGUUCUCUGUUGAAGAAAACCGUGAGUCUCCUGGCUGACGAGGCCAAACAAAAGGCUGACUCUACCAUUGCCUCUAUCAAGGAAUCCGACACGUACAACAAAUGGUCGGAGAAGUUGGACUCGUACGCCCAAGAUGUGAAGGUGGCUGCGGACGAAGUUGAGAACAAGCCUGCGCCAAACCGUUGGGCCGCGAAGUACAUUGACUUUGUCAACUCUCUUGGCCAAACCAAGGACGAGAAGUUGAAGGAACUUGCUAGUUCCACGUCUUUGAGACAACAAGAAAUCAAGAACGACUUGGACUACAAGUCUACGUCUUGGUCGUCAUGGUGGUCUGGCAAGAAGAGCGAGGCUGAAGCAGAAAAGGACAGAUUGGCCAACAAGGCCGAGGCUGAAAAACAAGGAUGGUUGAACUGGGGUUCUGACAAGAAGCGCGAAGCUGAGAAGAAAUGGGAGCUGGGAAAGCAACAGGCCGAGGCCGAGAAACAGAGCUGGUUGAACUGGGGUUCCAAGAAGGCAGAUGAGGCUGAAAAGACCGCCAAGGACGUCAAGAGAGACGCUGAGAAGGAGAAGGAUAAGUGGGUCAACUGGGGCAGUGCCAAGGCUGACGAAACAAAGGCAAGAGCCCAAGAAGCUCACAGUGAUGCAAGAGCUUCUUUGGACAAGCAGCAAAGAGAGUGGUCUGAAACUGUGGAAGCAGGCAGACAGAGAUCGAUUGAGGAGUACUACCGUGCCAAGCGCAACUUAGAGGAGUUGAGCAAGCAAGCUACGGAUGACGCCCAUUUGAGCCGUGCUAAGAAGGACCUUGAGAACGCCUUGUACAACUUGAAACAAUAUGGAGCAAACUUGGUUGACCAAGUGACUGGCAGAAAGUAG